UUAGCAACUGAAAAGUACCUCCGCGCGCUUAUACGUCAUCAUCACAAACCAAAGGACUCUUUCAAUAGUGUAUCCUUGCGCAGGAGUGGAUAACAAAUAACAAAGGCAAUCCUACGUUCGCAAUGCCUUCGCAAUCGCAUCGAUCCCCUUCGCGGAUGUGGCGGGGCAUGCCGUGGGGAGUGAAGGCAACGAUCCAACUCCUUUCCAUUCUUUUCGUUUGCAUGGUAGAUGCGGCAGCACUCGAAGAUUCGGACGGGGUGGUCUCCCUUUACCGCACCAUCGAAGAGGGAACCGAUUGCGACUUUGCCGGAACGAUGGUGAUUGGAAACUUCUUCUCGCUGGGACCGGACGACAAGUUUUUCGCUCUCGGGAGCGGCCAGCGCACCGCCUUCAACAUCAUGAUCGACCACAUCAACCGCCACAAGUGUGGCGUCAGGCUGGACGGGCUGGACGGCAACUACGCGAUCGAGCUGCGCACCUACGACGACCUGGGAUCGACGGACGGGUCCUCCGCGGUCGCCUACAAGCUCGCGAACGACAGCUCGGUGGACGUCCUGACGGCCGGCUACUCGAGCACGCUGACCCAGCCCUACGUCGAAAUAGCGCACAACGAGAGCGACAAGCUUGUCCUGGCGCCCGGUGCCGCCUCCACAAAGGUAUUUCUGGACAAACCGCUGGCCUUUGGGAUGCUGCCACCCACCCAGAAAUACCUCUUGCAGGCGGUGAAAGCGCUGGCGACGAUCAGCGGCGCGAAAACCAUGGCCACGGUGUGGGAAGAUGCGAGUUUCACCAGGGGGGUUUGCGCCGCGGCUCCCGGCCUGGCCGAGCAAUACGGAAUGACCAUGACAUCGAUGACGGAAGUCGUCAAUACUCCGAAUGUCACCGUGCUGGAACCCAUCGCCGCAACCCUCCAGGCCGAAAACCCCGACGUGGUCAUCACGUGUGUCUACGAUUGCGCACCGUGGGUUCGCGCGAUGAGAAAGGUCGGGUGGAGCCCAAAGGCGCAGGUGUUUACGGUCUGUGUCGGACAGGAAAAAUUUUCCAACGAAAUCGGCACCGACACCGCCUAUCUCAUGGGCGUCACACCGUGGGAUGCUUCGCUGCAGAUCGAAGACGCGGUAACCGGAUGGACUCCCAGUGAAUUUGCUUCGCUCUACCGAACUGUCCUGGGCGAGGAAGAAACAGCGGACGUUGCCUACCAAUCGGCCAUGGCCGGCGCUUUGAUAAGCGUCCUAUACCAAGCAGUAGAAGCCGUUGGGAGUUUUCAAGACAACGGUCCGGAACUAGCGGAAUACAUUUCGAACAAUUCUUUUGAGACGAUGGGUGGCAAUUUUUCAUUCGACGAAAACGGUCAAUCGAUGGCCCCCUCGUUGAUGGUUCAAUACGACGCCGAGCAAUUGGUUCACACCAUUUACCCUCUCGAAACAGCGAGUGGUCCCAUCUUGUACCCCAUGCCUAGCUGGGAUCACCGUGAUUGUACUUUAUUGAGUACCUGUGAACAACAAGCGGACAACAUAACUGAUUACCUCCCGAUGGGGAAUGUUUGCAACGACGAAGGUAUCUGCGUAUGCGGUGAUUCGAUCAAUUUCAAAUCAGUCGGUUCAGGUUCUACAGCCAAUUGUAUCCCCCUGGAAGAAAUGAAUUACAUCAAUGCUAGCUUGAAAACAUUGAGUUGGGUUUCGGUUGGAUUUUUGCUGGCAUUUUGUAUAUCUGCAUUGGCAUGGAUCUGGUGGUAUCGGGAAAACACAUUGGUCAAAGUUAGUCAGCCUUUGUUCUUGGGGUUGAUUGUCACUGGAUCAAUUCUGUCUAGUUCGAGUAUCAUUCCGAUGGGUGUCGAAGCUUCGUACAGAGAAGACACCGACAACAUAAAGGCCGUCGAUGCCGCGUGCAUGGCAAUUCCUUGGUUGUGGGGAAUGGUACGUACCGUCUAGUUUAGAAAGGACAAAAUGAUCGAUUGCAACACAAGCUGACACGUGCAUUCUCUUUCAAUUUUCUCGGAUUGUGUCACUCUGUUCUGAAUCUAAAAACAGGGUUUCGCUGUGACGUACUCUGCUCUUUUCGCAAAAGUUUGGAGGGUUCGAAAACUUUACAGCCUUGCAGCUCGGAUGAAACGGCAAUCGGUAGACUACAAAGACGUAUACUAUAUUAUUGCUAUCAUGCUCUCUGCCGAACUGAUAGUACUUGUGGUAUUUCAAGUCAUUUCUCCCCAUACGUGGGAAAGGACCAUCAUUUCAGAUGU